UGUGUUAUAACAAAGAGUUCAAUUAUGUUAAAAUUGCGUUAGUACUAGCAGUGAAUUUGUUGAGAAACGAGAAUGUGGCAAAAUAAGAAGUCCUAUUCUUUGAUUGACAGCUAACAACACCGCCCAAUUGGAAGCAGAGGACAAUCUCCACGGGUUUCGGCAACCAAACGCAAACAACAAAGUUGGAUAAGUAUAUGAGACAGCUCAUGGCUACGACCUCAGUGUUGGAGUGAAAGUGUACUUAUUUUGUAUCAGCUCUAGUAUGGAUGCCCUUAAGUCGGCUGGGAGGGCUAUCAUUCGUAGUCCAAGUAUGGCCAAACAGUCUUGGAAUUCAGGAAAACACAAGAAGCUCCCGGAGAACUGGACGGACACGAGGGAGACCAUCCUGGAGGGCAUGACCUUUAACAUCAGGCACCUGGGGAUGACCCUGGUGGACCAGCCGAAAGGCGAGGAGCUGUCUGGGGCAGCUGUCAAACGGAUCUUCGCCACAGCCAAAGCGAGUGGGAAGAAACUGCAAAAGAUUGCUUUAAAAGUUUCACCUCAGGGAAUUAUCCUGUGUGACUAUGAGACCAAACAGCUGAUCGAGAAUGUGUCCAUAUACAGAAUAUCCUAUUGCACUGCAGACAAGAUGCAUGACAAGGUGUUUGCCUACAUUGCCCAAAACCAACAGAACAAGACGCUGGAGUGCCAUGCAUUCCUCUGUGCCAAAAGAAAAGUGGCUCAAGCAGUGACUCUUACUGUGGCCCAAGCUUUCAAAGUGGCUUUUGAGUUCUGGCAGGUGGCCAAAGAAGAGAAAGACUUGCGGGUAAAGUCCAGCUCUGUCAAAGAAGUAACUAACAACUCCCAGACGGAGACGUCUACCAGUUUGCCCAGUUUAAAGGGACCAGAUGUAGCUACAGGGAAUCUGUUGGACUUUGGUGCCAGUUCCUGUACAGUGGUGGAUGAUGUCGACAAUCGAAAGAACCUAGAGACUGACGUCAACAGGCCUGAUAACAACAACACCAUCUGGGGAAUGGAUGACGGCCUGGAUGAAGCGUUUUCAAGCUGCAGUUUGGAUAGCUUUCAGUCUCAGUCUUCUUCAGACUGGCAGUCUCUCGUACUAACCCCCAGGUCUUGGACAUUGGGGUGACCCCUCUGGACUGGAACUCGGACCCAGACUGGGACAAAGCCAAUGGGAAUGCCCCCCGGACCGAUAACAUGUUUGAGUUUUGAGAACCAGACCAUGGCGGGGGCAACCCUGGAGAUGAAAUAGGUGGGCAGAGAAGUCACAGGAUGUGACAUCGUCCUUGGAGUGUCUAUCGCUAAGAAUGGCAUCGGAUUGGAUGGCACUUUGUUUUUUUAAUAGUCGACCAAUGCAGAGCUUAGCUCACCAUAGCAAUAUUAAGUAGAGGUUACUCUUAAAGCUGGACAACCUCAGCAUUUAUGCAGUUUCUUGAUUUAAUGAUUUUCACUUAUGGAUCUUUUUCUUCCUUUGUGUGAAGAAGAUGUAUAUACAACUUGUAUUUACCUGCAUCAGUAUUAUUUGCAUUUACAGAUAUGUAUUAGUUCUUCCAUAAUCCCAACUGUAUCGGAAACAAAACUGCUAUAAUGGCAAUUAGAAGUGUACAGAUGACAAUCAGACUUAAUCUAAAUACAAUUAUGAAUUAUUAUGAGUAUAUUAAAUUCUAUAUUGUUGUGUGUAUUUUGUAAUUAUAUCAAAACUUCUGAAGAACACAAGCUUCAAACAAAAAAUUUAACACAAAUGCUUUCCUCUCUCACAGAGAGGGUUCUGCAGCAGUUUGAAUGUUACAUUUCUGUAUUAUAUUGAUAACCAAAUAAAAAAGCAAUAAUAGACA